AUGGCUGAAGAACUCGUCUCUUUCAGUCCCUCCGUCGCCCCUCUUGCUCCCGUCUCCACCGAGCAGGUCUUCAGCGACUUGCAAUGGAAGACCCUUUUGUCACUAGCUGAUACCGUCAUCCCAUCCGUGCGGGGCCCCAGAGCUCGCAAGUCGCGGUCUACAAAGGUCGUCCCACAAGCAAAACUAGACGUUGCCCUCGAAACUCUCAAGGCUGGCAUUCCUGGUCCUGAUGCAAGUACUCUCGCGACACAGUAUCUGGAAGAGAACUUGACCUCCAUUCCCGAAGUUCGCCAGGCACUGCAGCGCCUUUUCACUGAAUAUGUGCACCAAGAGGGGAGAAAUGGCUUGAGCAUGGUUUUGACUGCCCUGAAUACCCGCGCUGGCUCUCUGCUUCUGACCGGCUCGAUGACGCCCAUCCAAGAUCAACCCUUUUACGUUCGGGAACAGAUUUUUCAGAGCUGGGCAGACUCUCGCCUACCGCCCGUGCGCGCCUUCUAUCGGGGUCUUGUUGGCAUGUUCAAGAAGAUGUGGGUUACAUUCAGUCCAACUCUCUAUCCCACCGUUGGCGUCCCUCAUGUUCCCGUUUUCGGCACCCCGAAAGACGGAUUCCAAUAUGAGUUCCUGCAAUUCCCACCAGGCCAGAAGCCCGAGAUGAUCGAAACCGAUGUCAUCAUUAUUGGGAGCGGCUGUGGUGGCAGUGUAGCAGCCAAAAACUUGGCAGAGGCCGGCAAGAGGGUAAUAGUCGUCGAGAAAGGAUACUCGUUCUCACCACGACAAUUCCCCAUGAGGCCGAAUGAGGGCUUUAACAACCUUUUCGACUCAGCCGGCGCAGUCACCAAUGACGAAGGCUCCAUGGGUGUGCUGUACGGCUCAACUUGGGGUGGUGGCGGUACCGUCAACUGGUCCGCUUCGCUCCAAACACAAGGCUAUGUACGCCGCGAAUGGGCUAACCGGGGCCUUCCCUUUUUUACAUCGCUCGAGUUCCAGAACAGCUUGGAUCGUGUUUGUGAGCGCAUGGGCGUCAGCGCUGAAUUUACCAACCACAACAAGGCCAAUCGCAUGAUCCUCGAGGGCGCUCGGAAACUCGGUUAUUCUGCAAAGGCUGUGCCACAGAACACCGGUGGCGAGACUCACUACUGUGGACACUGCACACUGGGCUGUCACUCGGGUGGGAAGAAGGGGCCGGUGGAGACCUUCCUCGUGGACGCUGCCAAUGCCGGUGCCACUUUCAUCGAAGGGUUUAACGUGGAGCGGGUUCUCUUCUCCAAGAAGAAGGCCGGAAAGGUUGCGUCUGGCGUGCUAGGCACAUGGGUCUCUCGUGAUGCACACUUUGGAGUCUCUGGGGUUGGGGCGGUCAAACGGAAGGUCAUUAUCCGGGCGAAGAAAGUUGUCGUCUCCGGUGGUUCCCUGCAUAGUCCUCUAUUGCUACUACGAAGCGGCAUCAAGAACGCGAAUAUUGGCAGGAACCUUCAUCUCCAUCCUGUCGCUAUCGCAACUGCCGUGUUCGAUGAGACCCUCCGCCCAUGGGAAGGGGCCUGCUUGACCGCCGUCGUCAACGAGUUCGAAGACAGUGACGGACAGGGUCACGGCGCUAAAAUCGAAGGAGUCUCCAUGCUUCCGGCAGCAAUCCUUCCCAUAUACACCUGGCGCGACGGUUUGGACUACAAGCUCCAAGCGGCCAAACUGUCCCGUUCUGCUGGAUUUAUCACUCUUGUCAGAGACCGAGAUCCGGGACGAGUCUACCCAGACUCAAACGACGGACGACCUCGAAUUGAUUACAGCGUCUCUUCCUUCGAUCGCCAGCACAUGAUCGACGCGUUGAUUGCUAGCGCCAAGAUCUCUUACAUUUCCGGAGCCAAAGAAAUCCACACAUCGUACCGCGACAUGCCACCGUUCAUUCGGCCAGCGGAUGAUUCACCAAACGGCCCCGAUGGAGUCAACAGCCCGGCGAUUACGGCAUGGAUCGACGAACUCCGACGCAAGGCACCAAAGACGUCGGACAAGGUGAUGUGGGCCAGUGCUCAUCAGAUGGGAAGUUGCCGCAUGGGCACGAACCCUAGAUAUAGCGUUGUGGACCCGCAGGGCCAAGUCUGGGGUACCAAGGGGCUGUAUGUGGUCGAUGCAUCGAUCUUCCCAAGUGCCAGUGGCGUCAACCCCAUGAUCACGAAUAUGGGUAUUGCAGACUAUAUCAGUCGCAACAUUGCGAAGACGAUGGAUCUGGCCACUGCCGUCGCACGUCUCUGA